UGUCGAUUAGGUACAUUAUUUGGAGUGCAAAACAUCCACUAAUGGGCGAAAAGAAAUCUCCACUUGUGUCGUUUAACUCAAAAAUCUGGCGCUGUUGGUUGUCGGGCUACCACCGGUCCCGUACUCUGCGGCUCUAUCCGACACGCCCACCAGCGCAGCCAUCAGGUGCCGGCCGCGCGCGCGCCGCGCCGGCCGGGCGGCGGCCACCACCUGACCGGCGCUCCGCGCGGCGGAGGCGGCGGGCGGGCAGUUGGCGGUCGGCGGCUGAACCGAGAGGACGUCCCCUGCGCGCUCCGCUGCCGUACCUUAGUCGACGUGGUGAGUCAGCGGCGCGAUCGUUCGAUGCUGGGCGGCACGAUGGCGAGCCGCAGCCAGCUCUCUGCGGAGGAGUGGCAGGACAUGGAGCGCGCCGCCAAGGCGCUCGUCCAGCUCUCCAUGUCGCAGUUCAAGGUGGCCGACUACCGACUGAACUCGAUGAACCAGGAGUCGGCCUUCAAGAUCGCGCGCAUCCUCUCGGACUUGGCUCACGUGCGUCAGGAGCCGGUGCCGGCCACGGACGAGGAGCCGGCCGCAGGAGCCGAGAAGGAGAACCAGCAGGAGCCGGUGCCGGAGCCGCCGGCGCCGACCAAGCGGCCCGUCCGCAAGGCCAAGCAGAGCCGCGCCGCCAAGAUCGUCAAACAGGAGAAGGUCUACAAGUGCAGCCACGGCGGCUGCGACAAAAUCUACGGCAAGAGCUCACAUCUGAAGGCGCACCAGAGAACGCACACAGGCGAGAAGCCGUUCGGGUGCGACUGGAAGGGCUGCGUGAAGCGGUUUGCGCGCUCCGACGAGCUGGUGCGGCACACGCGCACACACACCGGCGAGAAGAACUUUGUCUGCGCCGUCUGCGACAAGCGGUUCAUGCGCAGCGAUCACUUGACGAAGCACAUGCGGCGUCACCAGGAGCCGCACCUGCCGUCGGGUCGCGCGGGCAGCCGGGCCGCCAGUCCGGCGGCCGGCGUGACGCCGCAGUCCCGCGCCGACGCCGCGCUCGACCUGCGGGUGCUCAAACCGCCGCACUCGGUCAGCUCCAGCCUCGCCACGCCCUCGGACGACCGGGGCUCGGAGACCGAGUCGGCGCCGUCCGUGCACGGCCUGUGAUGCGCCAGCGCCCCUAGAGGACACUUUUGUAAACUAUGGUUGGCGCCCGGUCCGCGCCGCGCCGGCCGCCGCCCGUGCCCCGCGCCGCUGUUCCCGUGCGCCCGCGCCUGGUCGGAGCUGGACCAAGGCCGCAUUUCGAGGGCGCUGCUGUGUUCCAUGUGUGUUUGAUCGGUGCAUAUGUACCCUGCACGGGCGGCGGCCCCUUCGGCGGCGGCGGCACCGGGAGCGUCGCGCUAAUACGGGGCACGCCGAGUGUCGUUUUAAGACUGGACGCGGCCCGUGCCGUAUGAGUUGAGGGCACGUUGUGUGCCGUUUUAGGGCCGGCGCCGGCUGAGGAGCGGCCGGCCCGUCGUGUCGGCGGUUGUGCCACUAUAUAUCGGUGUGUAGGCUAGUCGCGACCGGGACGGCGCGGGCGGCGCCCAGAGCGCGCGCCGCUCUCCUCCCGCACUCUCAUCCCAUGUUCCAUUGAUUUUAGAGGCGUGUUUCACCACCGGCGCCAUUCUGGGUAAAAUGGUGCUAAUGAUAACAACACAUACACACACAGACACGCCAAGCUACUGUUGUAGUAUUUUUAGUACAAAGACAUCCUCACCAGGUCAUCUCAUUUAUGUAAGUGGCGCCCGUUGGAGGGCUGCACAGAUACCGUGCGCCGGGACGAGCAUUAUCAUGGAUACAUGUCGUAUAUUUAUGCUUCGAGGUGAAGUGACAUGUGUGCUAUCGAUUGGUAACCAAAUACAUGCAAACACGGCAA